GUGACUGUGGUCAGAUGCCAUCGUUUGUCAAAAUAGAAAUAGAACAGUAAAGUAGUAAUGAUUAAAUUUUUCCAAUAGUUCUAAGAAAACUGCAGAAUCUGUUAACUUUAUUCAACGAUUAUUAUCUAUGCACCUGUAGGUAAACAUUCGCGAUCGUAUUUCUAGUCUUUGUUAGUUCAUAAUUUCCACCGUGCCUUCAAAAGGUAUAAAGGUAAAUAAACUGAUUGAUAGAGUGUGGGGUUGGGCGUCUCCGCCCUUACGCUUACCAUUGGCAGGGCACAUUAGAGGUCCGGGUCCAUGUAGAAUGGGCGAAACAACCGGAGGGGAGCGGCCCCCAUCACCUGCCCGUUUAGCCCAUUCCUCAGAAAAGCACCCCAAAAAUACUCUGGCAGAGCUAAAUCUUCUACGUAGACAUAGAGAACUUUGUGAUGUAGUGUUGAAUGUAGGAGCAAGAAAGAUUUUCGCUCACAGAGUAAUAUUGAGUGCUUGUAGUCCCUACUUCAGGGCUAUGUUUACUGGAGAAUUGGCGGAAUCUCGGCAAACUGAGGUCACAAUUAGGGAUAUAGAUGAACAUGCAAUGGAUUUACUUAUUGAUUUUUGUUAUACAUCCCAUAUUGUGGUUGAAGAAUCAAAUGUUCAGAUGUUACUACCAGCAGCAUGUCUUCUUCAGCUGACCGAAAUCCAAGAUAUUUGUUGUGAGUUUUUAAAACGGCAAUUAGACCCAUCCAACUGUUUGGGAAUACGAGCAUUUGCAGACACUCAUUCAUGCAGAGAGCUACUGAGAAUAGCAGACAAAUUUACACAGCACAACUUCCAAGAGGUCAUGGAAUCAGAAGAAUUUCUUUUACUUCCAGUUGGGCAGUUGGUUGAUAUUAUUUCCAGUGAUGAAUUAAAUGUCCGUACUGAAGAACAGGUGUUCAAUUCAGUUAUGAACUGGGUAAAAUAUAACGUUUCGGAAAGAAGACCCCACCUUCCACAGGUACUGCAACACGUCAGACUUCCUUUGCUGACUCCUAAAUUUUUAGUGGGGACUGUGGGCUCUGAUCUUUUGGUCAGGUCUGAUGAAUCUUGUCGAGAUCUUGUUGAUGAAGCCAAAAACUAUCUUCUACUACCCCAAGAAAGGCCACUAAUGCAAGGUCCCAGAACUAGACCAAGAAAGCCAACAAGAAGAGGUGAAGUACUGUUUGCUGUGGGAGGUUGGUGUAGUGGUGACGCGAUUGCUUCAGUAGAAAAGUUUGAUCCUCAAACCAUGGAAUGGAAAAUGGUAGCACCCAUGAGUAAGAGAAGAUGUGGUGUUGGUGUUGCGGUGCUGAAUGAGCUUCUAUAUGCUGUUGGUGGACACGACGGCCAGAGUUAUUUGAACAGUAUUGAAAGGUAUGAUCCUCAAACAGAUCAAUGGUCGUGUGAUGUAGCACCUACCACUUCUUGUAGAACUAGUGUUGGGGUUGCUGUAUUAGACAAUUUGCUGUAUGCCGUAGGUGGUCAAGAUGGUGUCCAGUGCUUAAAUCAUGUUGAGAGGUACGACCCAAAAGAAAACAAAUGGUCGAAAGUGGCACCGAUGACAACGAGGAGAUUGGGUGUAGCGGUCGCUGUCUUGGGUGGAUAUCUUUAUGCCAUAGGCGGUUCGGACGGUCAAUCACCUCUAAACACGGUGGAAAGAUACGAUCCGAGGCACAAUAAAUGGACUCUGGUCAGCCCUAUGUCCACGAGAAGGAAACAUUUGGGUUGUGCUGUGUUCAAUAACCUGAUCUACGCAGUAGGAGGACGUGACGAUUGCAUGGAGUUGAGUAGCGCUGAGAGGUACAAUCCUCAUACUAACUCAUGGAGUCCCAUUGUUGCUAUGACUUCACGACGAAGUGGAGUGGGCUUAGCUGUUGUCAACGGCCAAUUAUACGCCGUAGGAGGGUUCGACGGUACGGCGUACUUAAAAACCAUAGAAUAUUAUGAUACCGAUCAAAAUCAAUGGAGAUUGUGCGGCUCCAUGAACUACAGGCGGCUAGGCGGUGGAGUAGGAGUCAUGAAGGCGCCCCAAAUAGAGAAUCGCAUGUGGUAGUCCAAAAGUUCUGUCCGGAUUGGAGUUACGGCAGCUUUCUUGAGCACUAGAAGCUUACCUCAACCGCUGAGAUUAACAACGGGUAAUUUUAACGUAAUAUUGUGAUUUAAAAUCGAAUUAAAUCGUCUAUUGAAUAAUUUAAAAUGGCAUACGUGUAAUGAUCGAUAUUGGUAUACGUUGAAUAGUAAGAAUAAAGCUGUAGAUAAGUAACACUCAAUAUAAAGCGUCUUUCAACUGCAGUGGCGGAAAUUUCUCAGAACAGUAAAACCUGACCUAACAAGGCAGUGGCGUUCCAAAAAUUUUUUAUGAUUUAAAUCAAAUUGUUAAAAAUAUGUAAACACAAUGUAUUAAAUAAUAAUAUUAGAUUAUAUUUGGCAAUUGUGUUUAUAACGUUUGCGUUGCAAUAACUAACAUGGCGUUUGUUAACAUAUUCACGUGAAGAUACUUCAGUAGCUUAGCUUACACGUUGUUUAAUAUUUAGUAGAUAUUUAAACAUAUUCUAUUAUUGAGUGAACUGAUAUAACUAUUCCUUUGGAUUCUGGUUUCAAUCUGGUCUGUUUACUUGUACUACAGUUAACCAUCUCCAUUCUACAAAAUAGUUUUGAUACGCGUGUUAGCACCUUUCUUUUUGAGACUCGAUAACAUAAUGAGACUAAAUUACGAACUCGUUUUAAAUCCAGUGACUAGAAAUUCUCGGAAAUAAUUCUUAUCAGUUCUUUGUAUAUCCUUAAUGGGUCGUUAAGAAGUCAUUAAUAAUUACUUUAUAAUUACGGUUUUACGGUAACUAAUACUAAAUUAAAAAUUUGGCAACUUUUACCAAACUUCAUAGAGUAUCAACUAAAGAUGGUAUCAAAACCUUUUGCUAAAAUUUUAAGCCCACGGCCGUAGAAAAUUUUGAAAAAAACGAUCAAAAAUAUUCAUUAACACUGUCAGUACUGAAAAUUUUUACUAAGUUGCUGAUUUGACUAAAAAGUUUGGUAUCGAUAAAACAAUCUGUGUAAAAUCAUACUCCAUUUAUUAUUUAAGUGAGUAAUAAUUAUUUUGUCAUUAGUACGGUUUCAGAUAUACACUCUUCUCAAAUUGUUUAAUAUUGCAACGCCACUGCAUGGGUCUUAUCACCUAUAUUCUAUUGUCUGCGAUAAAGUAUUUCGUGCAAAUGCUCUCCACUGGAUUUGAAAUGGCCUCUAUCAACACAUAUACUUUUCGAAGCUGUUAGAACUUUUAAAUAAGAUGAAAUUAUUCAAGAAAUAUGUUCUAGGAACAAUCACCAUAGGAAGGUUAUUCGACAAUAAUACUUCACAGACUAUAAAGUUCACCAUACUUUCAAUCUACAUUCUCUCUUGAACGUUGAUCAAGAUAACAAACUUUGUUUUAAACAAAAAUAAUGUAAAGAAAUAUGAGCGCUAAUGUUAGACGAACAGCAAUAAUUGUAAUGUCUAAAAUAAAUUAAAGAGUGAUACAUUUUUUAAUCUGUGAAUUUUUGUCGAUGAACUUCCUAGCUGAUUAAUUCCAAUCGAUGAAUUUAUCGGAUAUAGAACUACAAUGCUCAAUAUAUGUGAUACCUAUUAAAUAAAUACUGUAACUUUAAGAUUUUACCGUGGGCGAUUAAAAAUUUCAGUACAGCAUACAAUUCAAAUGUGCAAGAUUUUAUGUUUAUUGAACAAGUAUGAGAUAGACUAAUAGUCCAAGAGGCAGCGCUGAAAAAUCUCUUUGAAUUUACUAAAGCUAGAUUUUUCACAGUUGAUUACUGUGAUUCUGUAGAGAAACAUACUGCGGUCGGUCAAGCGAAACGUAGAACAGGGGUUACUGAGAGGGUAUCAAAGUUGCUUUCCUACGAAGGUAAUUAAAUCCAUUUACUAAGGGUGAAAAUCAGUACACACAUUCUAAAUUAAAUAUAAAUAAAAGUUAUUAUAGUUGGUCAGCUGUAUGACGAGACAGAGCCGGUCGGUCGGCCCCAGUGAAUGUACAGGGUUAUUCACUAUAUUUUGACCCCCUUGUAAACUGCUUUAUUUACAGAAUUAGAAAAAAAUUUAAAAUACAAAAGUUAUUCGAUUUUUAAAUUAUGAUUUUUUUACAUAUACACUAAGUACCAAAAUUAACGCACCACCUUAAAAAUGGGACAUUUUUGAUGUCUCGUAUUUCCUAAACCUGUUGUUCGAUUUGAGUGAUUUUUUUAGUAUAUGAUAGCUUUGUUUUUCAAGAAUAUCGAUGUAAUAAUAUUAUUGCUAAGGAGGUAAGUGUCAUUGUAUACCGUGUGUAACAGUGAUAGUGUGUUUUUUCCUCAAAGUUUGGAACACCCUGUGGAAAAUUUUAGCGUAUAUAAAAUAUUGAAAUUAAAACUCAACUGUAGCCUUAGGCUUUCUUAACAUCAUGCUUUUUGACUCAUUCGCUUAUGUUGGAUAAUAAAAAAGUUAGGUACUUUAACAACUAGCCAUGUUCUUCAUCAAUACAGGGUGUUUCUAAAUAAGUGCGACAAACUUUAAGGGGUAAUUCUGCAUGAAAAAAUAAUGACCGUUUGCUUUAUAAACAUACGUCCUCAAAUGCUUUGUUUCCGAGAUACGGGAUGUUGAAUUUUUUCUUACAAACUGACGAUUUAUUUAUUGCUCUUAAACUGGUUGAGAUAUGCAUAUGAAAUUUGGUAGGUUUUAAGAGGUAGUUAUUGCGCAUUUUUUGACAUAAAAUUAAGAAUUUGGUAUUCUUAUUUGGUAUUUGGUUAACUGCCUCUUAAAAAUUACCAAAUUUCAUUGUCAUACCUCAACCGGUUUUAGAGCAAUAAAUAAAUCAUCGGUUUGUCAGAAAAAAUUCAACAUCCCGUAUCUCGGAAACAAAGCAUUUGCGAACAUAUGUUUAUAAAGCAAACGGUCAUUAUUUUGUCAUGCAGAAUUACCCCUUAAAGUUUGUCGAACUUAUUUAGAAACACCCUGUAUUGAUAAAUAACAUUGCUAGUUG